AUGGACGAGGAGCCCCAGAGACAAGACUGGCCUAUUCGGAGCGAGCACAGAAGUGACACUGGGGCCAGUGGCCCCACCUGCAGCGCAGCCAUGAACAAGCAGCACGGUGACCAGCCACGCAGCCACACUUCGGCAGGAAGGACAUCCGAGUCCCAGAACUUCAGAAGUCCGGUUCCUGGGGUUUCCCCGCAGUGCCCUCAUGGGGAUGACGUCACACCUGUGCUCUGCGUCACUGCCCUGCCAAGCGCACAGCGGGACGUCCACCUGGCGCCAUACUCAGCCGUCAUAAAAGCGCUGAGAGCCAUGAGAGCGGGGGCACCCGGGGGCUGCCACUUUACCCGCCUUUUGGUGUCCGCCUUUGGCACGGUGCAGGCUUGGAAAAUCUUCUCCCUUACCUCUGAAGCCACGCUGGACCUGUCACUCACCACGGUACCUCAGGGCUCUGCCCACAAGGACAGACAGAAGGUCGCCAACACCAUCCUUCUCCACAAGUCACAGAGCUGCCAGGCUGCCCUAGUGCCCCAAGAACACAGAGUCUUCAUAGAGGAGGCCUACAAUGCAGCCAUCUGCUUCAAGAUGCUCCGAGACUUGAAUGGGUCAGAUCCCUUCCAUCUGAAAUACAUAGUCAAGAAAAUCAAGAACAUGGCUGAUGGGUCCCCCAACCUGGUGCUGGAAACCAUCCAUGACUACUUCACAGACCACCCAGAGAUCUCCACCAGGCACAAGUUUCGCCUGUUCCAGGUCCUGGAGGCUGUCAUCAGAGCCAGCGAAGUCCUGAAAGAGACUUGGAAGAAAACCUUCAUUCAGCUAGCCCUGGAGAACAUGACCAAGGCCACGGAGCUGGAAGACGCCUUCCAGGAUGCGGCCAGCAAUGUGUUGGUGGCCAUCUGCAAGCAUGCAUGGCAGCCAGUGGCUGAGCACCUGGAGGCUGAGGUGCUGUCGGGCACCUUCCCACGCCGCAGCUUCCUCUACGUGCUGGGUGUCCUGUCCUUCAAUGAGCAGCUCUUGAACAAGGAUGAGAAAGCACGCUGGGAAGAGUGGCUGACACAGAUAGCCGUCAAGUCGGUCCAGUUUCUUAACACUGAUGAGUGGUCCAGAGAGCUGCUGUCCACCCUCACCAAACCCAACCGGACACAGGAAGACGAGCCCCCUGAGAAGACCUUCCUGUUCACCUACUACGGGCUGGUCCUUCGGGCUGCGAGCAACAGCACCACAGUCAAGACACACCUGCGGUCACUCCUGGAAACGUCCCAUCAGUGGCCCAAGCACAGGGAGGGUAUGGCACUCACUAUGGGACUGGCCGCUGCCCGCCAUCUGGACGACGUCUGGGCUGUCCUGGAGCAGUUUGGCCGAAGCGCUCCCCUUAAGUGGAGUCUAAACAAUUUCUCCCCAAAGAGCUCUGAGGACUUCCGGUGGAAAUGGGCCAGCAGCACCAUCCUGCUCACCUAUGGCCAGAUGGCAGCCAAGGCCAAGGACCACAUCCUCCCGUGGGUAGACAACAUCCUGUCCAGAAUGAUCUUCUACUUCCACCACAGCAGCUGGGACGACACUCUGAAGCAGAGCUUCCUCUCAGCCAUGCUGCUGCUGAUGGGAGCUAUCAGCCGCAAAGGUGCCCACAGCUACAAGUUCUCCCAGCUCCCCGAGCUUCUUAACUGUCUGAUGGUUCUGAUGGAGAAGGAGUGCCCGGAAACACUGUGUACAACCACUCGCCAGCAGACUAUGCAUGUCAUGUCCAGCCUCUGUAAAAUGAGGCCCCUGCUGGACCUGGAGCACAAGGCACAGCUCCUCUCCGUGUGCUUCCGCAGUGUGUUCGCCCUGCCCAGGCUGGAGGCUCUGGAGAAGCAUUCCUGCCUUUUUUUGGAACCUCCUAAUAUACAGGCCCUGUACCAUGAGACCACUGAGGCCCUACACCAGCUGCUGCAGGGCUUUCUCACGCUGAACCCCAGGGCCGAAGAGCUCCACUUCCUCAUGUCGCGCUUGUAUGGCUGGCUGGCCUCUGAGAAGGUGCACGAGCGGCAGCGGGCGAUACACACCUGCGUGGUGCUCCUCAAGUUCCUGAACCAGAGUCUCUGCUUGGACCCGAAAGAGAAGCUCACAGGGGUCGGACAGCUGGUGGCCAUGCUGGGGAUCACGUGCCUGGACUCCGACAAGGCUACCCAGCGCUCCAGUGUGGAGGGGAUGUGCUACCUUCACAGGCUGCUGAUGUGUCACAAAACUGGGGAUGCUGUGAAAGUAGAGCCUCGGACCUUCAGGCAGCUGCUAAGCAGUCAUGGCCAGACAGUGACUCCUGCUCGAGUCCCCAAGGACUACAUCUUCCAGCUUAGAGUCUUCCAGGAGGUCAUGGAACAGCUGAGUGUGCAGGAGCUGAUGGACCUCAUCUGGACUGUCAUCGAGGGCCUGGGCUCGCCCAGCCCCUUCCGAGUACAGGCAGCUGCCCACAUGCUGCUAGCAUCUGUCCAGGACCACGGGGCCAAGCUGGACACUGUUGCCAAACUCGGCCGGGCCCUCCACCUGCAGCUCUGCUCUCUCCGGAUCCCCCAAGCCAAGGAGAAGGUCCUGAAGACCAUCACCUUGCUGGCACACAGCCACAUGCCUGAGCUGGCAGCCACCUUCCUGGACAUCUCCAUCCCUCUGGACAGCCACGUCCUCCGGCUGUGGAGGGCCCUGGGUGCUGAGCCGCUCUUGAGCCGCUCUGUGCUGACCACACUGCUGGCCUGGCUGCAGGAGCGACCCCUGCCCGUCACAGCCAGUGACAGCUGUCUGCAGCCGCAGGACAAGGCCCACCUGCGCUCUCUGGCCGCCAUGAACACGGUCUAUAAACUGCAGUUUGCCCGAGAGUUCAAGGCAGCUGUGCAGGAGGCUUUCCCCAGACUCUUCCUGGUCCUGCUCAGCCAGGUGCACUAUGUCUUGGAGCUGGACUUACUCCAGGAGCUGAAGCCCCCACAGUCGCUGCCACUCCAGGAGCUGCCAAAACCCCAGGAAGCCUCCAUGCUCUGCCCCCAAAGCACAUCACUGGAGGCACUGAAGAGCCUCCUGUCCACCACCGGGCACUGGUGUGACUACGCCCACCUGGAGCUGCAGGCCGCCUGGGGGCUCUUCACCACCAUGCCCACCUACCCACAGGCUGUGAGCCUCCUCGCCAGGGCCAUGGUGCAGAACCGCUGCCGCCAGGUCAAGACUGUGCUCGGCCAGCUGCUGCCCAGCCUGCAGAGCGGGGAGGAGCGUGAGAGGAAGGUGGCCAUCCUCAUCCUCACAGAGUUCCUCUACAGCCCUGCCCUGCUGGAGGUGUUCUCCAAACAAGCCGUGCUGACUGCCUUGGACCAAGGCCUGCGGGACCCCAGCCCUGAGGUCCGCAUCUGGAGCCUGCAGGGCCUGGGAAAUGCCCUCUUCCACCCAGAGAAGGAGAGCCUGCUCCGUGCACAGAUGCCGUUCUUCCUGGUCGGCCUCUACCAGGCCAGCGAGCCUGAGCUGAUGUGCGUCAUGGCCACCUUGUCCGACGUGCUGCGUCACCUGGGUGCGCUCGGCGUGGGCUCCCAGGGCAUUGGCGUCGCCAUCAUCAUCAGCUCCUUCUUCAAUGACGAGCGGGAUGGAAUUCGGGCGGCAGCCAUGAGGCUCUUCGGGGACCUGGUGGCCACCAUGGAGGGAAAAGAGCUGGGCAGCUUUCGAGUCAGGGUGUACCAGGGGUUGGUGCCCCUGCUCCUGCAUUUGAAGGACCACUGCCCAGCCGUCGCCACGCAGGCCAAGUUCACCUUCUACCGCUGUGCCAGGCUCCUGCAAUGGCGGCUUCAGCACACACUCUUCUGCUCACUGGCCUGGGAGUGCAGCCUCAGUUCUCAGCACUUCCUCUGGAAAUGCCUGAUGACCCACAGCCAGGAAGAAGACAGCAUCCACCUGGCCCAGGCCCUCAGUUACCUGCACAGUCAGCGCCCCACCAGGACCUGGGCUGCCCUCUUCAUAGGUUACACCAUCUGCUACCAAAGCCAGGCCCUGUUCCACAUGUUGUCCGACGAUGACACAAAACUGCUCUUCCACACUUUUCAAGAUGUCAAGGAGGACCCGGAGCCAAACCAGGAGUUUGCAGCCAGGCAGUUCCUAAACCUGCAGAGAGCAGUGGCCCGGCCAGAGCACUGA